AUGACAGCAGACGCCCAGCAACAACCUCACCCCCUCGCCCUCCCCGAGACCCUGUCCCCAGACGCCCUCGACGCCCUCACCGACCUCGCAAGCACACUCUCCCGCCUCCGGCCCCCGCAGUCCGCGAGCACCCUAGCAGACGGCAAGGGCGCCGGCGGCCCUGCCGGUCCCGGAAGCGGCCCGGGGCACCACGGGUCCCAGCCGCCCGCCGUGACGGGGACGACGCCCCUGCCGGCGCCGGCGGGCGCCCAGGGCGAGCUGCACCUCAAGGACGUCCCCUCGGCGACCGACGCCCUGCGCGUCAAGCUCCAGCGCGCGCGGGCGCAGAUCCGCAGCCUGCCCGACGUCGGCCGGACGGUGGCCCAGCAGGAGGAGGAGCUGCGGGAGCUGGAGGACCGGAUGCGCCGGCAGAAGGUACUGAUGGAGCAGCUGCAGAAGGUCGGGGUGCGCUUCGGCAGCGAGGAGGAGGAGGCCGCGGCGCCGACGCCGCAGGUCGGGGCUGGCGACAAGAUGGAGACGUAA